UGCUGUUAUCUCUCACCUUGUCCAGGAUUACGAACAAACUCCAACAAUAACCGUACUAUACAACGUCAUUUCGGGACUUUCAAGGUGCAUGUUAUGCAAUCCAUACGAAUGGAAGGUCUCCGCUAUCCCUGCAAGGAGGAACCGAACUACGACAACAUUGGGAAACUGAAGUAUCUGGACAACGUCAUCGUUGACACGCUUCGACUCUACCCACCGGGUUUUGUGCUCAACCGAGUUGUUUCUGAGACAAUUCAAAUCAAGGGCUUAACUCUCUCUAAGGGUCAAUCUAUCUUUAUUCCCGUGAUGGCAAUACACAGAGACCCUCAGCUCGACGAGGAUCCUGAUUCCUUCAGGCCAGAAAGGCAUGAAGAACAAGCCAAAACUAUUUCCUACCAAGCAUUCGGAUUUGGCCCAAGGAUCUGUAUUGGGAUGCGCCAGCUCUGGUUGAGGUUAAAGUAGCCUUGGCUAACGUUCUGAGGACUGUGAAGUUUGAAUGCUUACUCGACACGGACAAGGAUUCUUUCAUAAACAUUUGUCACCACCAUGUCUAUCUUCCUCUUCCAAUAAGGGGUCCACUACUUAAGAGGUGGUUCUGGAUAUUCAGAAACAUAUGACUAGAUCCUCCUUUUCAAGAUAUAUAUGUAUGGCGUGAUGAAGAUACAGCAAAAAUAUUUACAAACAACUAACCGAUGUAGGAAACAAAAUUGACUUCACACAAAUGAAACAGAAAUGAAACACAUCACUCCACUUGGUCUGGGUUAUCAUAGUUCAGGAAUAACAUACAGCGUCAGGGUUAUCAUACAACAUCCAUGUUAUCGUACAAACGUAUGACAACUUCAGUUCGACAUAACAUUUAACAUGGGCCAGUUCGCCAUGCAGACCACACCUUCGAGAGAAUGCAAUUCUAUUUUCGUUUUUGACAACAUCUAUUUUAAAUUUUGGUUACACUGUGUCAAAUGAAUAACAAGAAAGGAGAACAAAAUACCAGCACUGAUCAUUGUUGGUGGAGAACAGUCACCUGUAUGAUGGAAUGAGGAUAGCUUGUUUCUGAAGGUAGUUCACCCUUCCUGCUCCUGAUUAGGUAGCAGCGCACACUCUCAUUCAUUUCACAAUGGCAUAUGUCGUGGUUUGUUCACAGGAUGUUUUGACGUUUGCUCGGAAUCCAACCAUUCUUGAAACCAAAGAGGAUAUCAUGUUGAAAGUGUCUCCAAGAUGUUAAAGGCCUCGGAGAAGUACCAACAGAUCACAGAAUAUGUCGAAAUAUACUUACACGAUACUUACAUAUCAAUACCAUAAAAAAACAAUCACUAACUUUUGGUUUGCCACUUCUAAUUAUAUAUCACUUGGAAGUACGUAUCUUUGCAUGCAUGUGAAUUCCUCAGCAUGUUGUUUAAAAUUGUGUUGGAAAUGAAAAGCAGUGCCAUUUUAUUAUGACAGUAAUCUGUAGGAAGCGAUGUCUUGGUAUCACAAUGUAUAUAUGAGUGAGUGAGUUGGGUUUAACGCUGCUUUUAAAGGAAUUACAGUUAUAAUGUAGCGUGUCAGCUAAAUGAGGGAGGAAAGCCCAAAGUGUUGCAGGUCUCAUAAUCAGACGAUUACCACUUUGGUGAAACCCAUGAGUAUGGGUAUGGUGCUGACAAACCUAGAAACACAAUCGGGGCGAACCGGGAAUCGAAUCCACAAUCAUAGGUUUCUUGCAUGCCGAAAGAAAGCAACUCUGCACAGCGAAUUGAGGUACCUUAGGCGACUUGGCAACCCGUGACCCCAGAAUGAGUCAACGACAACUUCAUGUGUACACAUGCCAGAUCCUUUUCUGGUUCCAAGAAUAUUUUGAUGCCCUGGGAUAACUUGUGAAUAACAUUUGUCCAAAACUGUAAAGAAUAUUUUACGUCUUUCACCAAUAGAGUAUCAAUAUAGUUGUCAACAUUCGUCAUGUAGAGUAUCAAUACAGUUGUCAAUAUUCGUUUUAGUCAUAGGAAAUUGUU